UCUCUCUUCGGGGUACCAAUGCGAGGGAGACAGAAGCUCCUGCACCUUAUGCACCGGCUGUUGUAACGCUCUUUGUCACGAUACUUGUGGAAGGCCAGGUGGCUAUUGCAAGUGGGGAUGGACUGGACCCAAGUGUCACUGUAAUUAAGGUUAUUAAUGAGGCCGCCAAACUUUGGUCGA